AUGGCUACAUUUCGGCGCUUUCGACCAGACGACGUGAACAAGUUUUCCAAAUGCAAUCUCGACCCCUUCACAGAAACAUACGAACUUAACUUUUACCUCCAAUAUCAUGCGAAAUGGCCAUCGCUCUUUCAAGUAUGCGAGGAUAUGGAUGGAAAUAUUGUUGGAUAUAUCAUGGGCAAGGUUGAAUCUUCACCAGAUGCCUAUAAAUUCUCCGAGCAUUAUCUGCCGUGGCACGCUCACAUAACGGCACUCACUGUGGCCCCAGAGGCGCGAAGAUCUGGCAUUGCCAAGAUCUUGACUGAUCAACUAGAAGUCGCAGCUGAUGCCGAAAAUGCUUGGUUCGUUGACCUGUUUGUGCGAAGCAGCAACCAUCGUGCCAUUACUCUCUACAAGAAUUUGGGUUACAGUGUCUUCCGUGUCGUCAAGGACUAUUACGGUGAUCAUGCGACGGAUCCUUCAAAAUCCAGCGAGGACGCGUUUGACAUGCGCAAGCCGAUGAAGCGAGACAAGGAUCAUCAACAUAUUCGAGAUGAUGGAGAGAAUCAUUUGGUCAACCCUGAGGAUGUAUGGUAA